AUGGUUCAACAUUUUCUCUUCAUCAACUUUUCAAAAGGUUUGUGCUGUAAGAAUUUAGGACGCUCCAUUGAUCCCAACUCGUACCAAGGCAUGCACAUGAGUGAUGUUAUGGAGCUGAUAGAAGAAGGUGGAGAUUGGCGAGGGGAUCGUCUUGCCAUCGUCGGAGAGUAUGCCGAUGAUGAUAUCGCCAAUAAAUUGGUAAUACCCGGACUCGUGCAUAGUUUUAAAUCGGGUAAGAGAAGACAAUUACAACAACAGCAACAGCAACAAGCCAAUCAAACCACCACUACAACAACGAUCAAAACUACAACAUCAAACACUCCCUCUGUUUCUUCCCAAAUUCAAUCGUCUUCGGAACAAUCCAUUGAAGAAGAGGCUAAACAAUUUGAAGCCGAGUUAAAGAAAUUACUCAAAGAAGAUGGAUCGCCGUUCGAGUUUCUCACAAAACGAAUGAAGGGAAUUAAGAUUCAUUCUCCUGCCAUCUAUUUUGAUGAGGGUAAAUAUAUUGUCAACCAUACCAAGAAACAAUACGUUUCAAAGGCAAAAUUUAGAGCUCCCUUGUCUGCUGCUCUCAAUGCCAUGAUUUCGUGUAUUCAAGAUAAGGUUGGAAAAUGGUCAGGAGAUUCUAUUAGUGUUGUGACUGAUAUUGAACCUUACAAACUGUAUGGUGAUGUUACUGAUCUAGCUGAGAGGACCUAUAUUCAAUUAUCAAAGGAAAAUCAUAACAAUGCAGAAGAUCACGAUUUUUAA